AUGGAGGCUCUCGGCAUGCCGACGAUACGGAAGAGCCUACUUGACCCAGUGGUGACGAAGCAGAGUCCAACCACACGGCUACUACAAGCAGCCAGAGAGACUAUCGCAUCAUAUCCAGCCGGAGUAACCACCAUCUACACAGACGGUUCUGUGCGGACGCUCGAGGGAACUGUGAAAGCUGGGUACGGAGCGGUAGUUCGACUCUCUGGCAAUCCCGAAAGUGACGAGCUCAGUGGAUCCUGUCAGCAGAAAAGCAGCCUCGAGGCUGAACUCGAAGCAAUGUUCCAAGCACUGGACUGGGUGGCUACGAUGGUACGUAACGGGACUGCGUCAGCGCACGACAUAGUCCUUUUCACGGACUCGGUGGCCGCGCUGGAGGCCAUAGAACGGCUGGAUGAAGGUGCUAGAAGGGUAUGGGACGUCCUAACGGUCGGAGGGCGUCUCCUACGAUUCGGCGUGAACGUUACUUUGCAAUGGGUGCCCGCCCAUUGUGGGGUGGUCAGCCACGAUUUGGCUGACCAGCUCGCGAAAACCGCGGUCGCAACGGCGCUCGAAAAUGAUGAACCGUACUCAUAUGAAAGUGUACGAUCCCUAGUCAACCAGCGCAUGUUGACACUUUGGCACGACAGCUGGGAUUCUUCGGACAAGGGGCGUGAGCUUUAUCGGGCAAUGAGGAGACCAGACAGAAGGGAUGCAUGUCAAGAACGAAAGUCAGAGGCGCGAAGACGAUCAGAUACCGUCGUAGUUCUGACCAUAAACUAUGCCACCUGGCCAUCCGCAGGAGUUGCUUCGAUGACUCUGCGGGCGGCCUCCGGGAAACCAAAGGUUUUGGGUUCCGGGGGAAGUAUGGUUGCAAAGCUGAAACUUAAAGGAAUUGACGGAAGGGCACCACCAGGAGUGGAGCCUGCGGCUUAA